CCAACCUGUAGUCUGGUGUGGUUGAUUCUCUCUGGAAUUAAAAUGGCCUCAGUUGAAACCAUCAAAGUGCAAAAGUAUCAACACAUCACUAAAGAAUAUUUGGGAAACAUUCUUUCGAAAGACCUCAAGGAUGAAUCUCUUACCGUGUCUUCCUUCGGCAUUGUACCAGCAUUGGCAAAAGGACAAAACUUCAGCAGUGACAUAUUACGAGUUAGGAUAAAUUUUGUUGAUGGAACGGGAGAGGAAAAGGUCAAAACUUACAUAGUGAAGACCGUCCUCGAGAACGAAAGUAUGGCUGAGAUGCUGGAAGAGUAUGACGUUUUCCAGAGAGAGAUUUGCGUUUACAAAGACAUCCUGCCCAAGGUACAACGGAUUCUGAUUUCCUCCGGAUGUGACAUCAAGCUAACUCCAGCUGCGCUUGCCAUCGGUGAUACGAAUCCGAAACACUUUGUCUUCGAGGAUCUCACAUCCCAAAAUUUCAUCGCAGCUGAUCGCAAAACUGGCCUCAACUACCAACAGUUGCAAAUGAUCCUUAGAAAGUUAGCAUUAUUCCACGCAACAACUGCUUACUUGUAUAGUUUGGAUCCAAAAACAAUGGAAAAUCAUCAUAUACCCAACAUCAGUGAAGACGUAAAAUACUUUCAUGCCUUUUUUAGGAACAGUGUAAUCGCAUGUGCUCAGCUAGCCCAGAAUUGGUCCACAACCUCCGGAUCUAUUGCGAAAAAACUGAUGGACCUUGAAAAAACUGUUAUAUCCAAGUGCUCUGAAGUGUACACUGCGGACGCAAAUACUUUCAACGUAUUGAAUCACGCAGACCUGUCGAUCAACAAUGUUAUGCUAAAGUUUGACGACAAGGGUAACACAACGGAUUGUCUACUGGUUGAUUUUGCGCUCACUUUCUUCGGAUCCCCUGCCUUGGACCUCAGCUAUUUGCUUUACACAUCCUCCUCGGAAGAAGUUACCACCGACCAAUUCGACCUUCUGAUCCAGGACUACUAUUGCCAUUUGGUCGAUUGUUUAAAGAAAAUUGGCUACCCCAAGAAAAUGCCAACUCUGCUGGACAUUCAGGUAGAAAUGUUGCGGAAAGGAUUUGUUGGAGUAUUGUAUGUUACUUUUAUGUUACCUCUGCGAAUGCUCGAAGAUACGGCUCAUGCUGACAUGGCAGGUCUACUCGAUGAAACACCAGAAGCUAUUGCUUUCCGGAAACAGUUGUACCAAAAUCCAAAGUUUUACUCAAGAAUGGAGUACCUGCUGAACUAUUUCGAUCGGAAGGAUGAUCAACAACCAAUUAGUCACUUGAUUAAGUUGAAGCCGGUUGUUGCGUUUUGGGCUGUCCAAAUGGAAGACGUUUCCGAAAAAUAUCGAUACCUAACCAAAGAGUAUCUGGAAGGAAUUCUUCGGCGAGAGCAAUGUGAAAGUUCAAUAACCGUCAAGGAGUUCAAAGUAGUCCCUGCCCUCGCGAAAGGAGAGAACUACAACAGCAACAUUCUUCGGGUUCAUAUCAACUAUGUGACUGGUAGUAACAAUCAAAGAACACAAACCUAUAUUGUCAAAAGUUCGUUUGAAAAUGAAGGCAUUGAAGAAGUGCUUGAUGAGUUCGAUAUGGCAGGAAGAGAAAUAGCGGUGUAUGAAAAUGUUCUACCGAAAGUCGAACAACUGCUGACUUCAAUUGGUUAUUCAAAAAAAUUGGCACCCAGUGUUCACGCAAUUGGUCACAGCAAUCCCAAACACUUUGUCUUCGAAGAUCUUGCACUCCAGGGAUUUAGAUCAGCUGAUCGAAGACAGGGUCUUAACUUUAAUCAGCUGGAAAUGGUUCUGGAAAGGGUUGCCAAAUGGCAUGCCGCGACCGCCUUUCUGUACAAUGUGGAUGAAGAAACUAUGAAGAAUCAUCACUUCCGGAACAUCAACGAGGACAUCCACCAUUUCUAUCCGCUGUUUCAAAACAGUAUGAUUUCCUGUGCCGAACUUGCCGCAAACUGGAGCACAACCUCCAAGUCAAUUGCUAAGAAACUUUUCGACCUAGAAAAAACUGUAAUCCAAAAAGGCUGCCAGGUUUACACCCGAGACCCGACUGGCUUCAAUGUGUUAACUCAUGGAGAUCUUUGGGUAAACAAUGUGAUGUACAAACAGGACAGUCGAGGAAACCUUCUCGAUUGCAUUCUGGUAGAUUACGCAGUCGGAUUUUUCGGAUCACCGGCCAUUGAUCUCAGUUAUCUGCUGUUCACAUCUUCAGCCGACGAAGUGACUACGGAUCAGUUUGACCUUCUUCUUCAAAAGUACCAUUCGCACUUAAUCGAUUGUCUUGAGAAGCUUGGAUACAGCAAAAAACUUCCGUCCCUCAUCGACAUCCAGGUGGAAAUGCUGCGGAAAGGUUUCGUGGGGAUAAUGUUUGCCACCUUCCUGAUUCCCCUGCGGCUGAUGGAAGAUACGGCCAGUGCCGAUUUGGGAAAUCUGCUGGCCAGUACUUCGGAAGCGGUGGAAUUUCGGCGGAAAUUGUUCGAUCAACCGAGGUAUCAGUCCCGGAUGGAGUAUUUGCUGAACUAUUUUGACCGGAAAGGCUAUUUGGAUUGAACCUUUG